AUUUGUAUUUUUUUUCCCAAUUGUUUUCAUUUUUGAGGUAAAAAUCGUUAAAGUAUCGUCUUUCCUUUUGAAUUUUUUCGUUGGUAAUAUCGCAUUUGAAUCAAAAUAACAGCGUAUGUAGGUUCUAGUUUCAUUGUUUCUACCAUCGGUGCCUUUUAAUGGACGCUGUGGAUUUUCUUCGAGGAGAGGUUGAUCGUUUGACCAACGAGCUUCAACUUGCUUCACAAGAGAAGAUACAAGCAGCAGAAUAUGGACUCGCAGUGUUGGAAGAAAAACAUAAACUACAGGAACAAUUUGACGACUUAGAAAACUCUAAUGAGGCUAUAAAGCAGGAAUUAGAGUGUCUAAAGGAGGCUCAUGAACAACUUAAACUUGAACAACAAAAACGAAGUAAGUUUGGAGACGACCGUGAAGAAAGCCUGGUCAAAGAAAGCGAGUCCAGAGAAGCUAGUUUCCUUCACAAGAUACGGGAUCUUGAAAAUGAAUUACGACAAGCAAAAAAGUCUGAGAAGGAGGCUCUUCAGGAGAGUGACAAACAGACAACUCAAAUCAGUAACCUGUUAAAGGAAGCAGAGCUAGCCAACCAAGCCAAGAAAGAAUUAUUCAAUGAGAUAAGGCAGCUGAAGUAUAGGGAAUCUAAGCAUCUACAGGAGUAUGGAGAACUGGAAGAGGAAAAUAUUAACCUCCAAAAACAGUACUCUACACUUAAGAUAUCCUUGGUGGAGUUUGAAGCCCUGAAAGUUGAAAAUAAAAGUUUGUCAGAUGAGAUAGAUGCCAUUCAGCUACAGCUUCAAAUGGCAUGUGAAAGAAGAGACCAGAUACAAAAGCAACUGAACGAGGCAUUAGAAUCCCUUAAAGAACAACGUGAAAGAAAUACUGUAUUGCAAAAAGAACUACAGGAGAGCCGCCAGACACCUUCCUUUAGUAGUUGGGAGAUUGAGAGUUCUGUCGUUGCGCAGAUCAAUGAAGAAAACGAAAAGAAAAAGGAUGGCAAUGAUUCUGGCAGUGAAGAACCAACAUCACCUUUAAGCCCUGCUCCUGCUCUGGUUGAGGAUCUUAUGAAGGAGCUACAGCUUUCUGAGAAGAAAGGAUACGAAGAAGAAUUAUCAAGACUCACUAUCGAAUUAGAAAAGAAGAAUCUUGACGCUGCCAGGCUUAAAGAAGAGUAUGACGCCCUUGCAACAAUCCGAGAAGCCAAGCUUCUGUGUGAUACCUUAGAUGAUGAGUUUGAUGAAAGCGAGUUGAAUAUUUCUCUAGAGAACUGUGUGAAGAUCAACAAUCAGCUCAAGGAACUUGAAGAAAUGAAGAAAAUUCUUAAGCGUUACCAAACCAAGGAUGGCAAAUACCAGGCGCAAAUGAGGGAUUUGAAGAACGAGGUUGACAGUCUACGAACCAAGCUUGCUGCUGCCCAGACCAAAGCAGACGAGGCAGUUUUCCUCACAAACAAGACAAAGGAGUUGGAAGAACAGAAUAUGAACUUUAAAAAUAAUUUGGCCGAGUCUGAGGAAAUCAUUAAAGGUUUACAGGAUGAUGUGAAGUCAAUGAGUGACCUUGCGGGGGAGGCCCAGGGGAGUUUGAAUUGCACCCAAGACGAGCUGAGAUAUGUCAGUAGUGAUUUAGCUAAGCUGUAUAAACAUGUGUGUUCGGCUAAUGGGGAAACGCCCAGUAAAUUGAUCAUGCAAGGGGACAAGGUUCAAGAAAAGAAAGACCCAAAUGCGUCUGGGGAGGAAAAAUUACUUGAAUCCUCAGUGGCUUCAUCAUCUCCAUCUCCUAUGAACCAAAAUGGUGUUCCYGAAGAACGCCAGUCACCAAUGGGCAGUGAAAACCCUAACGAUUCAGAAGAACGUGCGGAUCCAAUGUCUUGUUAUCGUCUGAUUAGCACCGUUAGGGAUCAAGUGAAGUUUCUCAAACGUGCCGUUGAGAAAUCAGUCGAAGUGUCACGUCAACGCGCACUCGAAUACCGCACAGUCGUAACUGACGAUCAUGUGCCUUCACCUGGUGAAUAUGAYGACUCACUAAGACAGCAAAUCAUUAAACUCCAAGGUCUCCUUGCAACCAAACGUGAGCAAAUUACUACCUUAAGGACAGUGCUCAAGGCCAAUAAGUCAACUUAUGAGGUCGCGCUGGCAAAUCUCAAGAGCCGGUAUGAAAAUGACAAAGCUGUUCAAUCUGAGUCUUACUCACAGUUGAAGAGGAAUCUCAAGGCCCUAAAGGCAGAAGCGGCAACAUUUGCGUCGUUACGAAGUAUGUUUGCAAAUCGUUGUGAGGAAUAUGUGGUACAAAUGGAUGAGUUGCAGAGGAAGUUCUCAGCUGCCGAGGAAGAGAAAAAGACAUUGAAUCAGCUACUUAAGCAAGCAAUUCAUCAAAAGAUUGCGCUUACGCAAAGACUUGAAGAGUUUGAAAUUGCACGGGAAAGGUUACGUGCAUACACAAGGAAGAAAUCUAAGGCUGCUAAGGCCAGGCCAUCCACAAGGGUUUGACAAAAUUAAGGAAAAAAAUAUUAUAUAUUAUAGCUUUCAUAAGAGAGGUUUUAUGACACAAAUUAUAUUUUAAAUCAAUAGUAACUGUAUUUUUUAGAAUCCAAUCUUGAAAAAUGAUAAAAUAUGGCCAUUUCUCUUUUAAAUCAGUUUAAUUUCUGAAUAUUUUGGAAUAUUGAAGUGGGAUGAAGUUAAAACUUGCCAUUAAUAUUCAUUGUGCUGUGUUGCGCAUUGCUAGGAAAAAGAGCUUGGAGUCGAAUGAAAUGUCUCCUUCAUUUCCAAUCACUCUACCAAGCUCACCCUCCCCUACAGUAUGYACAGGUGGCAUGCUGGUAUGGUAGUUAUGGAUGACAGUUAAAUAAAGGACUUCAUAUUUGUGUCCUUCAUCUCACCCCAUCCCUUUUUCCAGUUACCUUACAAGUGGCAUCUAGAGAUUGCAUACAAGGAAAGCCAUAGGGAGGUUAGGCAUGAUACACAAGGCUUUUGAUGAGUUUGUAGCCCUCUUUUGUAGACAUAAUUUAUAAAAUAAGCCAUAUUGAUGACUUGAAACUCCAGUGUAUGUUGGCUUAGCCUUGAAAAUGAGUUACUUGUUUUGUUAUUUUAAUUCCUGCUUUUGUUUACCGACAUGACAGAAGUGAAGCUAAGCAUGCAUGGAUAUGCUGGACUAUUCAAAGUCGUCAAUAAACCAUAAUAUCUAUAACAACUAAAGUUAAAUUCCACCAACAUACUUAUAUAUUGUAUUAUACUUUUUAACUUUAUAAGGUGACAUAAUAUAUUGUAAUUGAAUUAAUAUUACUUUAAUUUAACAAAAAUGUGGAGAAAAUUCCACCUAGAUUAAAUUUUGUAAACAACAAUCAGGUCUCAGCUAGUGGCUUAAAAUAAUGGUAACACUAURUUGUUAAGCAAGCAAGUGUUAAAUUAAAAACAGUUGACAUUU